GGAACAGACAGCAGAGGAAGUUUCCGCACAUCAAAGCAACAGGAAAGCAAAGCCAUAACGAAAGGGCUGAGCAAAUCAGGACAAGACCAUGCAGAUGAUGAAUUCCAUCGAUCCAAGAAACUGACGCCCACACCAGUUCAAUAACACCAUUUUCCACUUUUAAUUUUUCAACUUUUUGUUAUUUUUGAGGGAUAGUAUCUCUUCUUCUGCUCCAGGGCCUCAACCAAGGCCAGAACACUGAGAGCUUCCAGGGAUCUCACUAGUGAUUGAGGAGAAGUUACCUUGGAGUUGACUCUUUUGAACGUCCACCUUGCACUGAUAUAGAUAAAUAGCACUCUUGUAGUUGCCUGCUGACCUACCACCUUACCAACAAUAUUCAGCACGUCAUCUCCAUGUUUAACUGCAGCAUCCUCCUUCCUGACUACCUCAGCCAUACAUAACCUUCUGGAGGGUGAUAAGAUCAUGUCCCAUCCCCUGGAUAACACCCAUGCCUCUGGGAACCGAAGUUCCAACCAUGGGCAGUAUGGACUACCGGAUGUACAUGCAAGUGGGGACCCUAACAGGUCUAUGACUCUGGCUGACUCUCAGGACAGUCAUUUUACUAGCACGCCUAGAGAUGAGUUUCAUUCUUCAAUCACUGAAACAAACAAUCCAGUGUCUUCACUCUCUCAGAGACUCUCUGAUGUUGAUAGUGGCAUGGACCGGUUGCCAAACUACAAAAGUGAAAUUGAGGAUUCUUCUUCUAAAUUCCAUGCAUCACCAGCUUCUUAUAGAAAUAAAAGCAGUCAUGACAGUAGAUUUGCUGCUCUGAGUGAAGGAGAACGUCAUAUCCAAUCCAUUCCAGGUUUAGGUGAUUAUGACUCUCAACUGCCUGACAGACCUGUGGCUGUGUCAGAGUCCAGGUACCCUCAGUACACAUCAGAAGAAGCUGCUAACAUCCUUUUGCAUUUUGGACUUGAAAAAGAAGACUUGGAAUAUCUGAUUUCUUACCCCGAAGACCAGAUCACCCCUAGCAACCUGCCUUUUAUCUUACAACAAAUACGCAAUCAAAGGGGUACAAAUGCAGUUCAAUCAGAACCAAAUCCAGAUCUUCAGCCAACCACCAGUAUGAGUAGAAGGGACAGGUUAAAUACAAAAACAGGAGAAGAGAUGUGGCAGGAUGAAAUGUCACCUACUGUUCAACCAAGUAAAGUGAUUGACUAUGGACACACUGCCAAAUAUACUGUAGAUGAGAUUGGGAAGAGCACUGACAAGAGAGCUAGCAAUGGUGGGAGUAGAAGUGUGUUGAUGAUGGACUGUUAUGAGAGUAGCAGCCACAAUAGAGAACCACUCCAAAGAAGUAUGAUAGAAGGGAAAACCAGUGCGAUGGUUUCACCAUGUGACCUGCAGGAUACUGUUUCCAGUCUGAGCUCAGUCCAAAUCUGUGUGACUUCUCAAGGCAGUAAUGCAGCUCAACAGAUCCAACCAAGCCGGUCUUCUCAAGAAAUCAUCAGCUCUUUUUCUCCAUCGAAGAAGGACACAGACUCAAGAUUUCCUAAGAUGUCUGAGGUCUCCAGGCUAGUUCUCUUUAAAGAACCAGAGACAUAUCAGCAGUCAGCCUUAAAAACUCAGCCACCUCUAAGUGUGGUCUGUGUUGUGCAUCCCAAUAAUGAUUACAUUCACACCAAGGAAGAGAGUACAACUCAAGAACAAGACUCUAAGGUUGCUGAACCGAUGAACAAGAAGCAGCAUAAGUGGACACAACAACAGCUAAGAAGGCAGAGUAAACAGAUCAUGAAUGCUGCUGCAAAACCAGUUUCUCAACUUUCUUCCCCCCGAAGCACCAUAACUAUUCCAUCUUCCAAUAAGCAGUGCUUGGCAAACAGGGAGCUUUCAAAGGCUCUCCCAACAAGGGCCAUGAAGCAAGACUAUGCUGCAGCCACACCAAAAAUCUUUCCACAUACCUGUUCUCUGUGUUUACAACAAUGUGCUCAUAUGAAGAAUUGGAUCUUACACCAGAAUACCAGCAUUCAUACUGAAAACCGCAAACUCCUCCGGAUACAGUACCCAGAGUGGGAUGGUAGUGUAGUACCAUUGUCAAGUGAUGUAGGCACAGAAAACAAUCCCACGCCUUCCACAUCUGCUGAAACUUCUCAGCAUCGUCAUCAGAAAACCAGACAUGAGAGUUCUCGCUCUCGCUCACAUAGCCCACGCCAAAGGCAUGGCUCAAAUGGAAGAAGGGCUAGCCCUAGUAGCUAUUCUUCUUCUCAUUCACACAGCCCUCACAAACACCACCACAGCUCUGAGGGUAGAAGAGAGAAAAUCAAGAGUGGAUCACGAUCCCCACACAGCUCCAGACAUACUCACAGCUCACCACGUUAUAAAAACCCCAACUCCUACCGUAAUCAGUCAGACCUGAGGAGCCAUGAGCAACGGUCUGACCCGAGGAGAAGAGAUGAAAAACUUAGCAGAGGCCUUAAAAGACGGCCAUCAAUGGAGAGGUCAUCCCCUCAACUAAAGAAACUGAAAAGUACAAUGAAGCUGCAGGACACUCCAGAUGUUCAGUGUUUGCCCGAACAGCCUGACUCAGAGAUGGUGGUGAAAAAUUUGGCUCCUGUCCUACUGGCUGAGCCAUUAUCAACUGCUGCCCCUUCAUUGUCAUCCUCCCGUCCAGCAAGGCGGGAAUUGACUUCCAAGUCCUCUGAAGCUAAACCUAUCUUCCAGAAGAGAUUGGCAAUUUUCUCUGCAAAGCCUAAGUGUGAUAAACCUUUACCUCCAACCAUGGUGAGGCUGGAAGGGAUUUAUGAUUCAAUUUCAUACAAUGAUGUGGUUGCUGCUGUGGGGUUUUUUGGAAAAACCAAGUCAGUUCUAUUGUUGAGGACCAAACUGCAGGCGGUCGUGUGCUUUGAGAAGGAGGAAGAUGCUGAAAAAUUGAGAAAAAUAAAGAACCUCAGUGUGAAAGGAGUGCAAGUCGCUGUUGUGAAAGGAAAGGAUGCUGUUUCUAAGAGACCUCUUCUAACUUGUACAACAGAACAAAAGAAGCGCCCUCAGCAGCAAUCUUCCAAGUUUGGUAUAAUUGCACCUCAAACCACUGAAUCCACUUCCACAGGAAGGAUUACCUCUCUGUUGGUCUCAUUUUCUUUAGAAAAUACGUCAUCAAGGCAGAUACUGAAAACAGCAGAAAACAGUAAUGUGCCUGCAAUAAGACGAGUGGAGUUGGUUGAGGCAAAAGAAGCAGCUUCAAAACUUCCAUUCAGAUGUUCAGAGAAUUCAGAAAUUCUGCCUCACAAUGGUGGCUCUGAAAAAACAGCUGAGUCCAGUGAAUGUGAAUGUGAAACCAGUGCUAUUGAAUCUGUGGUUGCACCUAUUGAGUCAGGCCAGGUGGAAACAUUUACAAACACGAACGUUACUGAACCAAAUAAAGUCACAGAAACCAUCUCUCAGCUAAGCUGGUGCUCAUUGGUGGCUUCUGAAGCAGAAACAGGCUCGAUUAUGGCAGCCCAAGAAUCUGCAGUGGUAUCUGACGACAAACACAAGGUUGGUGCAACAACAAGUUUAACAUCUAAUGAGAUGAUGCAGCAGGAGGAUUUCACCAAAGCCAAUGUUGAGGCAAAAGACACAGAACCACUGAAGUCUGGAAGUACAGGAGACUCCACUGUUACCUCCCUGACUGUUGGAGAGAAGCUGGACGAAAUGUACACAAAGUUCACUUCAGGUUGUUCAGGUUUUAGGAAAGCACUAAGACCAAAUUUUACAAAUAAAGUGUUGUUAAUCACCUACCUGCCAAAAUAUGAUGAAUAUGCUGACUGCUACACAGAAGAGGAAGUUGCCAAUCUACUCAUCCCAUUCGGAUUUCAAUAUUUGGACGAAAACAUCUACAUUAGUCCUAAGAUGCGCAUGGCCUUUGUGCUCAUGCCUACUGUGCAAGACAUGCAAAACAUCAUCAGAGCCACAAAGAAGAUCAGCUUUGUUCUCAAUAAGUCUGCACUUCAUUUGAAGCCCUUGAACUACGCCCUUCCAAUGAAUCCAAUUGGAUUUUAUAAGUCUAUCAUGAAAAAAUUGCCUUAUCAGGAGAUGACUGAUGACGGAUCAGCAAUAAUCUACAUCAAGAACAUCUCACAAAAGGAAGCCAAGGAUCUCAGAAAAGCUUUGAAAAAGAUUGAUUCUGUGAAAAACUAUCUGCCUUUGCUCAACAAGGUGUUUGUCGAAUUUAAUUCAAUUUAUGAUGCUGAUCGACUCGGAGUUUGGUACAGCCUCCUCAGACGGGGCUUUUGCCACACGGUGUACAGGUUGAAAAUACCACGAAUUGAAAGCACAUCACAACCACCCAGACUGGCAUCCAAAGCAUUGCCAGACACCAAGGAUGUUACUGAAGGGGCAGUUGUCCCAACAACAAAUUUUGGUGUUCCACAGGGCAGCACUUCACCAUUUUGGGUCACGAUGACCACUUAUCCCUUUGUGUUCCCUACUGUCUCCCCUUGGUUCAUCAUCCCAGAUUUUUUGACUGUCAAUGGACUAAAUGACAUUGAGAAAGCUCGGCCUCAAGGGUCUAGGUUCUCCACAGUCAUGUUGACUGGUUUGCCAGAAGAAAACUACAAGUACGAGGACGUCACCAGGCUGGUGCAGCAUUAUUUCCUGGAUACUGUACUGUUCUACAACUUGAUAGUAAUACCUCUGCAGAGGAGGGCCUUUGUGUUUUUCAGUGACUGGAAUGCGUGCUGUGAUUUUGUCCAAGAUCACAUUAAAAAUCCAAUUUCUGUUGGAGGCCGGGUGCUCGACAUCCAUUUUGUGUUACAGGACAUGCAUCCUGGGACCAGUCAGGAGACAAUGUACAGAACAAUGAUGAAAUGGAGCAAUGCUCUCGUUCCAGAUUCAGACUCUCUGGAGGAGCGACUGCUGUGUGUGGAGACCACUGAAAUGCUGAUGCCCCUUGUCACAAUGGUCAUGGAUGUGGUGGCAUCCUUUGCUGCUUUUGUCAGAUUCCUGCCGCUUGCCAACAGGAUAUACAUUGAAAUGGCUGAAUCCAGUGGUGUAACAGAAGUGUUGGAGAGUAUCUUCUCAAGAGAUUACAUAGCUAUGAACGAGAUUUGGAGCAAAGUUGGACGCAUUGAAUCUUUGAAGAGCCUCAAAGAGUGUCUACAAGACUUCAGUGAGAACACACCCAACCCUGACCUGGACACUCACUUUGUUGAAUUUCACAAUUUCACAAGAACUAUUCAAGGAAGCAGUACACAGAGCGAGGAUAAAGAUGAUUUUGUAGAUGAAAUUGUGUCUUCAGAGCAACAUGAUGAAAAGUUCAACAUGGAGGACUUUGUUGUUAUUGAUGAAAUUGGUGAAGACAUAGCAGAAGAAGAUGUCGACGUCAAACGUUCUUCCUUAGCUAAAAAGAUCUCCAGAGAGAAAAGAGAAAGGCGAAGCUCAGAUGCGACAUCUACCUUAAAACAGACCUUAACAAGGUCCUCAAAAGACUCUAAGAGCUCUGCCUCUUCAUUUUCCUCUUUAUCUGAGCCGACUGAAACCACUGAGAAAAGCACCUUUUCCUCUAGGGUCAGAAAGACCCAUUCUUCACUGUCGAUUCCACUUCCUGCCUCCCCUGAUCGGAAAACGUAUCCUAAGUUCAAAUCUCCAGAAAAAACGCUAAAUUCCUCAUCCUUAAAUUAUAAAACCUGUACAUCAAAGAUGGGAUCAACAGUAGCUGUUGAAGCAACAGUAGAGACUGAUCUAACUGAUUUUAAGGAUGACACAAAAGAGUUGAAGAAAAACAAAAGAGAAAACAGGGAAAAGGAUCAUGUCAAACAUCAAGAGGAGGAUGAGGGGGAUGAUGAAAAUUACCAAAUCCUUGAUUCACUCAAUGAGAAAAGUGAUAAGCAGAUAAUUGAAGACAGGAACAAAGAUAACGACACGGAAACUGACUCAGCUGGACUUGUGCAAGUACAUGGACUGCUUGAGAGAAACUAUGAGGUCUGCACAGAGGGCUCCAGUAAAAUGGAAACAGAUACUUCUCUCCAUAUGUUAGAAAUUGUUACAGAAGACCAAAAAACUGCAGUUGAAGGGGACAGUCAUCUGGUCAAAGAUGAAGGUUCCACGGUAAAUAAGCUGUCUGAGGAAAUGACAGGAGAUGCCAAUUCUGAUAAAGAUGCAGCUGAUAAAAAUGAAGUGUUGGAUUCAAGUAGGAACCAAACUCCAAGGACUAGUGGAGAUGGAAGCGGGGAAAAAAAGGAAUUGAUUUUAAAAGAAUCUUUUAAAGUUUCCAAAGAUCCUGACCAAAUAACUUUAGAAAAGCAGGACAACAGAGGCUCCUCAGUGGGUGGCACUGACCAAGAAGGCUUUGAGCUUUUGGAUUCAAUUGAGGCUCAGAUUGAAAUACAAGAAGAUAACCAGAAACUGGAAACUCUCAGAGACCAAGUAUCUAAAUCAGAAACAGAAGCCAUAGAAGAACAGGAUGAUUCAUUCCAGGUAAUUGAAUCUGUGGAAGAUGAGCCAGUGACCACAGACACAGAGUUAGAAGCUGACAAGAAUGUAAAACAAACAAAGAAAAAUGAUGAAGCUAAAAGAGCUUAUAGAUCCCCAAGGAGGAGUGGACCGGAAAACAGAAUAUCUAAGGGUGAAGAGAAGGGCAAAUCAUCAAAGAAACAGACCCAGACUGAGAGAAAUGACAGCACCAUCAAGAAGGUCAAUAAAGCAGCUGAGGAGAUGGUCUAUGAGAUAGUAGAUUCUGUUGAAGAUAAAUCGAUUCAGGAUGACUCUUCUAUAGAAAGUUCUGGUAGAAGAAGGUCUGUCAGAAGAAACAAUGAUAAAAAGACAUUAACAGAGCCUUUUAACAAACGUGAUGGAAAAGAGGAUGCUAAGUAUGAGAUUUUAUACUCCACUGAGAACAAGGCUUCUAGGGGCCCACUAACCAUCAUGACAAGAGCAACCAAAGAAGUCUUGAAAAAAGACAAGAUACAAACAAGAAGCAGACGUACACCUGCCAGAGAUUCACUGGAGCCAAACAGGGAGGAAACUCCAAAGACAAAAGAGAAAGGACCUGUAAAAGAGAGCACGCCAACCAGGAGAAGUCACUUCAUAAGAGACCUACAUGAGAAGGAUGAUAUUUAUAAAAUAUUGGACUCGGAUGAUUCUGUUAUGCUCACAGAAAAAGCAAAAAGGGGAAGACUAAAGAAAGUAACUAUAAAAAGAAAUCCACUGAAAGAUGAUCCGUCUGAUAAAGUAGCUGAUGAAGAGGACACAUAUCAAAUUCUUGACUCUGUUGAGGAUGAGCUAGCCGAUGAUCAGCUUACCAGAGACCAGAGUAAAGAAGAGUCAACUAUAGAUGAUGAAAAAGGCACUCUGCCGUCUGUGUCAGUCUGCCAAGAUAAUCAAUCACUGGAGUCCUCAAACUCAGAGGCUUUUGUGACAAUAGAUGAAGCAGGUGAUGACGGGGAGGAGAAAGCAACUGAAUAUGAAGAGGAGAAUGGGAGCUUUGUAACGGUUGAUAAACUGUGGGAGAUUGCUGAAAAAGAAAAAGUGGUAACAAUCAGGACAAGCAGUCAAGCCAAGAAGAGAACAAGACAGACACAUGUGAGAAAAUCUACUAGAUUGAAGCAAGAAAGCACAAAAGAUGAGAGAACAGAAUCACUGCCUCCCUCUUCACUUGAUUCCUUAUCACUCUUAUCAUCCCCGGACCAAGUGGUGUCUGGAUUGUCAAGUGAAGGCCAAACAGAGAUUUGGAAAUUGGAGAAAGCAGAUAGACAAUCCAGUAUAGAAACCACAUCUGCUGGGGAGCAGUCCAGCUCUGACUACGCUGAUAACCAGAGACUAGGAGAGGAGAAGCAAGGACAGAGCAGGACCGACCGUAAAGCUUUUGGGAAACAAAGAAGCAAUCUUGUCGAACCUGAAGCAAAGCGAUCUCGCUCUCAGUCUCCUUGUGUCACUGAUAACUUGGUCCUGCCGCCUUUUAACCCCAGCAUCCCGCUUGGUCAAGAGCAUGUUGUCCCUAAAACGGGGUAUUUAUGUAGCCUGUGCUCAGUUUUCUACGUAGCUGAGAGCACCGCCAAAGACCUACACUGUAGAAGCCAUAGACACUACAAGAACCUACAGAAACAUCACCAGACACUUAGACAAACAGCUUCAAGAACAUCAACAAGAAAGUCUCAAGACUCCUCUUCAGUCUAAUUGUUAAUGAGUGGUUAUUUAGCCCAUGCUUAAAUAUGGCCGCUAUCUCCUUUGACAGCUAGAUUUUUGUUUAUUUUGAGAAAGAAAGGGCAAAAUGAUAAGAAGCCAAAGCUGUCAAGUAAGUAAAUUGCAGAGUGACAUCUUUGAUUUGUUGGCACGACGCUGCAGUUCUGUUUAUUUCAGAUGUUCUUCUUUAGGCGCCUCAGUGUAUAACAGUGUCGACAGUUUGACCAUGAAGGAUUUAGAGUUUACAGUCAGUGAAUGGCCUUAAACUUCUUCAGGCCAUUUUGAAUUUAACAGUAGAUAAUUGUGUCUAUGAUAAAUAACCUUGCCUAUGUUUAAAACCAUAUUGUCAUAAAAAUAUGGUUGCGUGUGUGUGUGUGUGUGUGUCUAUGGCCAGGAACCAUGUAUUCUAAAUGAAAGUAGGCCUACUUAAGGAAAUAAUAAGAGAAAUAUUUUUUUUACACUCUGGCUCAGCAAAAUCUGAUUAUUAUGCUGCACAUGCUGAUGAGAGACCAAUGGACGAAAGAGUGUUCAAAAGUUAUUUUGGAUUUAUUUACAAUGCUAUAUGUACAGUGUAAAUAAGAGUGCAUUUAAUAAAGAUGUUUUCAGAUGCGAGGAGGCCUCAGGGUUGACCCAAGACACGAUAGAGAGAUUAUAUGCCUAAGGUGGCUGGUUCUGUUUCUAUGCCAGUUAUUUAUAUUUGGUCAAAAAUAAUUCUGAUUGCAGUAAUAAUACUUAGUAAUAAUUACAGACACUGUUAUCUUUUAAAUAAUCAUUUGGAUUACAGUUUCAGCAAACGCCAUAAGCUGCAUUAAAGAAAGUUUAGUUUUUUAUUUUGCAAAAUAUGAAAAUUAUUUAUGUUUGUAACAAUAGUAGCAAUAGUAAUCUGCCGUAAAAGGUUGAUGGGCUAUGCCGACUUGGACACACAAGUUUGUGAAUGUGAUAACUUCAGAACGUGGUGACGUGGGAUUUUGAAAUUGACCCCGGAGGUCAGUAUCUUUUUUCCUUCAGAUGACAUUAAUGAUAUGUCAUAAUGUGAUUUAAGAAAAAAUACAUUUUGCCAGUAUUGUAAUUUUUGCUGUUAAGAUUGCUUCUUACAGUAAAUUAAUCUUGGGGUCCAUGUUUGUUAACUUUGUAAUGUCUCUUAACUUGUUCAAAAGUGUUUACGAAAAAGAAAAAUUAUUUGGGUUACACAAUAAUUAACAUAUACCAAUAAGAAACAAUAAUUAACAUGUCACUCAUGCCAGUGCAGUGUUCUCCGCUUAUGUUAGGCAUGCAAGAUUUAUGAAGGAGACUUGGAGAGAUGUUUCCAGAGAGAGGGUCAGCAGUUCAAGGUCAACACCCCACACGUGUGAGUGUGAGUGAGUGAGCAUGUGGGAAGAGUGUGUGUGUGUGGGGGGGAGGAUGUUCUGUCAGAGUUCACUGUUAGAUGAUUUCUGAGCAGACUGGCUAGGUAAUCUCAAGUUUUCCACUUUCCAAGUAUAAUUUUGUCAUAUUUGUGCUGGAAGAGGGAGCCAUGUUGGAGAUACUUUACAGCUUUGAAUAUCAUUAAGCCACCAGGCUGCGGUCUCCCACUGAGGAAGUGGUGAGUAAACAAAUGCAUUUCAAUUCCACGUGAGGAUUCACAUUUUGUGUUAUGAUACGGGUUGCGAUGUGAGCCACGGCCUUCAUCCAUCUGCCUUGUAGACUGCAACUUUUUAGACUGUGAUUAUAGUGUAGUGUGUAGAAAAUAAGUAUAGCAUUUAUUUGCAUAAAUGAGCUAAAUACCUAAUGCAAAACUUACAGAAAUUAUUAUUUCUAUUGGAGUAACAGAAAUAAUAAAUUAAUAUUUAUGUUAAGUGUGUCUUUAGAAAAAGUUGGAAUGUAAUUUUUUUUUUUGUUCUGACAUUUACUCAGGUGUUUCAAAUGUAAAAGAAUGAAAAUACACUUGCACACUGAACAAUAAAAUGUUAUUAUUUUUUUUUACA